UUAAAAUAUUCUUCUAAAUAUGCUCUAAUUGUAAAUAAAAAAAUUGUAAUUUAAUACUUCUAAAAUAAAAGACAAUCACACAUUUUAAGAGAGAUCUUAGGCCAUUUUAUGCUUUUUAUCUCCCCUUAUAAGAAAGCUAAUUAGAACACGUAAGAGCUAAAUGACGAUGUGGAAGGGACAAAGGUGAAAUGAUAAAAUCAUUCGUGAAAGGAAAAGUUCUAUAAUCACACUUUCGAGUGAUUUUUUAUUAUGUGGCCACCGUCAUUUCUUGACAACAACCAAAAGCCGAUUAUCACCCCCCUUUCGAUAAGAUUUCCCUCACAGGUAGAUUUAUGCCGAUUUAAGAGCAAAACGUUCCAAAAAAGUGUGCAAAAACUGAGCUGUGGGCGGAACAUGGUGAAAGAAGCUCCCAAAUGCACCCUUUGGACACGUAUCAGGUGUGAGGUUUAUAAAUUCAAUUCACAAACACAAAUGCACUUUUUUGGCAUGAUCUAUCAAAUAAUACCGAGAUAAGGGCUGUGAAAAGUGAUUAAUGAACCCAUUGGGAGCACGAUAAGGCUCUUGAGGUGUAUUUAAGGGGCACCACUUCAACUGAAAUUGCUAUUUGGUUGAGAAUUUUUUCCCGGCAUUCAUCCAAGAGACUCCAAGAUGUCCUUCAAAUCCGACGCUGUCUUUGACAAAAUUAAGCUUCGCCUCACGAAGAUCGAUCCCGCCAAUCGUCAGGUUGAGAAUAUCUACAAAUGGAACAUUACUGUUGAUGGAAAAGUUGCCAAGACAUGGGUUCUUGAUCUGAAGAACGUGAAGCUCUUUGUUGGAGACUCUCCGGAUGUGGAGUGCACCAUCACAGUGUCGGAUGAUGACAUGUAUGCCCUUGGAACUGGAGGUCUCACCGCCAAAGAUGCCCUCGCACAGGAUAGGCUCGAUGUUGAUGGGAACAUUGAACUCGCCCUCAAGCUCCAGCCAUUCGUGUCAUCCCUCUAAAAAGCAACAUAAUUCCACACCCCACAAUUUUAUGCUCCAUUCGCCACAAUAAAGUAAUACGAUAAAAAAAA